GUUGCAUACAAAUGUAUUAUUAUAAAACAAUUUCGAUUUAAAUUUAUAAAUUUUGUUCUUUUCUCCAAUUUGCUUCUGUUCAAUUUAAAACCUUUCACAAGUUGGGAAUACUUUGCUUCAGGACAUAACUGCUUUGAUAAAAUUUCCCCCCUUCGUUUGCACACACGCGCGUUGAUUUUGCACAAGUGUGAGUACUUAUUUGGGAAUAUACACCUUUAAGAAAACACUUUUCGCCUGUAAACCUCAUCCACCAUGCAGCCCUUCCAGUUCGUACCCCAAGUAGAUAACAAAGUAAACGUUGUUUCAAUGCAGCCCUUUCAAAUGUAUGUCCCCAACCAUAAUAUGAUGGUUCCUCAAGCAUGCCCAGAAAACAUACAGCAGUAUCACCACCAGCCAAUCUUUUUCGAGCCCCUACCCCCAAUAUAUGUGAAAAACCAGUUGCUGCCAUCUCCUAUUCUGGUACAAAUGCCCACAACGGUGGUUGUUCAGAAUGAGUCCCAACCGGCAAUGGUGCUUAGUCAGCCACCCUCAAACAUCGUAGUCAAAAAUAAUCCUCCGACAUCCGUUUUUGUGAAGCAGUCCAAUCCUAAUGUAGUGGUGAAGAAUGAAGCGCCGCCAAAUUAUGUGCAGAGCGUCGAGGCGUGUCAGGAGGGAGUGGUGGCAGAUAUGAGCCGCCCCAUGAUGACCACCUUGAACAAAAAUAUUUUAUAAAUUCAGCAAGGUGUGGAGAAGUGUAUGUACAUGGGUAUGCUUCUAUUGCACGUGUGUGGGGGGGAGGAGCAACUCUACAGGAUUAACCCACGCUUAUGCCAAGUAGGGCUAAUUCAAAUGAGCGCUGGAGGAGUGUCCAGCGUGGGGUCCUCAACCGGAUAUGAUACCUCCAUCUGACGCAAUGGAUAAGCAUAUAAAGAAGUUGCCACGCGAGCGUGCACCUGUGUGUGGGGGGUAUGCGCUUAUAUAGACAUACAAUCAUACGUGCAGCAGACCCGCAUGCGUAUAUUUUUCCCCCUCCUCCGAGCUCACAAAUAGCCUGUUCGAUGAUGAAGACGACACUGCGAACACUUUCAUAUUAGCUUAAAGAUCCAAGUUUAGCAUAAGUGAAUAAAUGAGCCUGCUACAGAAAAGGGUUAAAAACAUUUAUGUAUCCAUUUUGUCUUCAUGGCUUGGCCACGAUGUAAACAUAUUUCGCUACCCCUUGAUGACAUACCGUUUUGUGCAGUUGUAAAAACAUAAUUUUGCAUAAAUGUAACUUUGUAUGUACAGUUUUUCAUUUUUUUUUUUUUUUUUUUUUUAAUGGAAAACUGCCAAUUUUGUUCUAUUAAAAGGGUAAUUGUU